AUGGCCGACGAAGUUACGAAACCAAUGGCCAAGCUUCAGCUCGACGAGGAGACUGGCGAGAUGGUCUCCAAGGCCGAGUUGAAGAAGCGACAGCAGAAGCGGGCGAAAAAGGCAGCCCAGGAAAAGGCUCGUCAGGAGAAGGCGGCCGCCGGUCCCGUUGAAAAGAAGGCGCCCGCACCCAAGGUGGAAGAAGCUCCCAUCGACCCUGAGGCCAUGUUCAAACAGGGCUUCCUUGACGAUGUCUACAAGGAGCGCCCGGUGAAGAACGUCAUCACACGCUUCCCGCCCGAGCCGAACGGAUACCUACAUAUUGGACACGCCAAGGCCAUUGCGGUCAACUUUGGUUUCGCAAAAUAUCACGGCGGCGUCACCUACCUUCGAUUUGACGACACAAACCCAGAGAAGGAGGAGGAGAAGUACUUCGUUGCCAUUCAAGAGGUUGUCAAAUGGCUAGGAUUUGAGCCAUACAAGGUCACAUACUCUAGUGACAACUUUCAGAAGCUCUAUGAUUUGGCAGAAAAGCUUAUUAAUAUCGGCAAGGCCUAUGUCUGCUACUGCGAAGAUACCGAGAUCAAGCUUCAGCGUGGCGGCGAAAAGGGCGCCAACCCGAGGUAUCGUUGCAAACAUGCUGAUCAGACUCCCGAGGACAACCUGGCCAAAUUCCGGGAUAUGCGCGACGGAAAGUAUAAACCUCGCGAGGCUUUUCUUCGCAUGAAGCAGGACAUCACGGAUGGAAACCCCCAGAUGUGGGAUUUGGCGGCGUACCGAAUCAAGACUGACCAACCUCACCAUCGCACUGGAUGGGAUUGGAAGAUCUACCCGACAUACGACUUUACACAUUGCUUGUGCGAUAGCUUUGAGGAUAUCACACACUCACUCUGCACGACUGAGUUCAUUCUAAGCCGCGUUUCGUAUGAGUGGCUGAACAAGUCGCUUGAAGUAUACGAACCGAUGCAGAGAGAAUACGGACGUCUAAACCUGACCGGUACAGUGCUUUCGAAGCGCAAGAUUCUCAAGCUGGUAGAGGAGAAGGUUGUUCGAGGCUGGGAUGACCCCCGGCUGUAUACACUGAUCGCUAUCCGUCGUCGUGGUGUCCCUCCCGGGGCCAUUCUUGAAUUUGUCAACGAGCUUGGCGUCACUACCAACAUCACUACGAUUCAGAUCCACCGUUUUGAGCAGAGUAUUCGCAAGUACCUCGAGAAAACAGUGCCGCGUCUGAUGAUGAUUCUCGACCCUGUUCCUGUCGUUAUCGAAGACGCCGAGGAACUCGAGCUGGAUGUGCCUUUCUCCCCCAAGAAUCCCAAGAUGGGAUCGCACAAGGUCCAAUUCACGCCCACAGUCUACAUUGACCGUUCCGACUUCCGCGAAGAGGACAGUAAAGACUACUUCCGCCUUGCGCCCGGCAAGUCGGUUGGUUUGCUCCACGCCCCGUACCCCAUCAAGGCCACCUCCUUCACCAAAGACGAGACCACUGGCAAGGUCAAGGAGAUCCGUGCUGUGUUCGACAAAGAAUUGAAGAAAGCAAAGACAUACAUCCAGUGGGUUGGAACUGCUGGUUCGAGGAAGGUGGAAGCUCGCAUCCACAAUGCCCUCUUCAAGUCGGAGAAGCCCGAAGACGCUGAGGGAGGCUUCCUCAACGACUUGAACCCUGAGAGUGAAGUCAUCUAUCCCGAUGCUCUCAUCGAGUCUGGAUUUGAGGAAGUCAAGCGCCGUGCUCCCUGGCCUGAGGCGGCCGGCGAGAGCGAGCUGGGCAAGGGCGGACCGGAAAGCGUGCGCUUCCAGGCCCUCCGUGUGGCUUAUUUUGCUGUGGACUCUGAUAGCACCGAUGACAAGAUAAUUCUCAACCGCAUCGUAAGCCUGAAGGAGGAUGCUGGGAAGAAGUGA